AUGCAUAACCGAAACGGAACGAAUUUUAGCUGCAGCUCACCGACAAAUUCAAGCACAGAUGCAGGCGGAUCACAGACACAAAUUCAACAAACUCAAGCCAUCUUAGCUGUCAUUUACUAUAUCAUGGCAACCCUCUCCUUAGUGGGAAAUACCGUCGUCAUCAAAGCCAUUAGAAGGAUUGGAAAAACUUUACGAAGGCAAGUGCACUAUCUGUUCAUUGUGAACCUGUCUGUGGCCGAUCUUCUGUUUGCCGUUGAGAUGAUACCAAUGAUCUGUGUGCACAUGUUGAUGAACAGUAAAUGGCAUAUUAAGGGUCGCUUUGGUCAAUUCUUGUGCCAGUUUGACGUGUUCCUAUCCGCGGUUUUAAUUUUGACAUCGAAUCUCACGAUUCUAGCCAUCGCCGUGGAGAAAUUUUUGGGAAUAUUCUUUCCAAUGAAAACGUUUGUCUCCAAGAAGCGUGCGUAUUUUAUUAUUGUAUCCACGUGGCUUGUCAGCGGACUUUAUUCCGCUCCCUUGUUUGUCUUCGCGCAUCUUAAAGUGGGUCGCCGUGGAACGGCGAUGUGCGCUGUUUGUCUGACCUGCGAAGAGGUCGUCAAAUGGUUUAUAUUUCAAACAAUCCUUCUGGCGAUGGGAUUUUUCAUCACGCUUACACUGUAUUCAGCAAUCGGGGUGAGAAUCUGGCUUCACAAAACUCCCGGUUUUCAACUUCAAGAAGUUCAACGAGGAGUUCAAGCGAAAAAACACAAAGCUCUAAAAAUGUUAGCGACGCUGGUGUUUGUAUUUUACGUUUCUUUUAUUCCAUUCUGGAUUUCUCAGCUGUCGGUUCACUUCGGCUUCUACGACAAGCUUGGUCCAUACUAUAACAUAAUCUCGGCUUUUUUAAUGCUUUGCAACGGAACUGCGAAUCCUGUCAUUUACAGCGUAUUUAACUUGGAUAUUCGUGACGAAUUUAAAUCUUUAAUCACAUGUAAGACCUCAGUGGAACGUAGGCAGAGCUUGCAAUCGAGAUCAUUUCGUAAUAGAGCCAUUAGAAAACGAAAAUAUGAGGAUUUAGAGCUGAACACAUCGCCACAACCGUCACCGAUGAUUACUUUGAGGAGUAACAACAAUUUUAAGGUAGUGACUGGCCAACAAAACGCGGCCUUUGUUUUUGAGGACACACGUUUGUAA